UAGCGCUAGCUGCUGCAAGAUACUCUAUUUGCUGCUCCACGGUCCGGACAUCAUUAGCUAAGUCAGCUAGCUGUUGUUUAUCUUUGGAUAAAAUGUCAACCACAACCGGCGGUGGAGAGUUUGGCAACCCUCUACGAAAGUUCAAGCUCGUCUUCUUAGGCGAGCAAAGUGUUGGGAAAACCUCGCUUAUCACCAGGUUUAUGUAUGACAGUUUCGACAACACUUACCAGGCAACAAUCGGCAUUGACUUUUUGUCAAAAACCAUGUACCUAGAAGAUCGUACGAUUCGGCUGCAGCUCUGGGAUACAGCUGGACAGGAACGUUUCCGCAGCCUCAUCCCCAGUUACAUCCGCGACUCAGCCGCUGCUGUGGUGGUUUAUGACAUAGCCAAUCUUAAUUCAUUCCAACAAACCUCAAAGUGGAUUGAUGAUGUCAGAACAGAGAGAGGAAGUGACGUUAUCAUCAUGCUUGUUGGGAACAAAACAGACUUGGCAGAUAAAAGGCAAGUUUCUGUAGAGGCUGCAGAGAGGAAAGCUCGUGAACUCAAUGUGAUGUACAUAGAGACCAGUGCCAAGGCUGGUUAUAACGUCAAACAGCUGUUCCGUCGUGUUGCGGCUGCAUUACCUGGGAUGGACAGCACACCAGAAAAAAGCAAAGAGGAUAUGAUCGACAUCAAACUGGAGAAGCAACCAGAGAUGACUGUCACCGAGAGCAGCUGCUCAUGCUAGUACACCUCACACCCGCCAAACCCGCCUCCUCCCCACCAACAGCUUGUCUCUCAGUGGCCACUCGCUCCACCCAUGGCUCUCUGCCAUUGGGAUGGAAGACCUGUCUUUUCCCUUUUCAACUCAGUGACUUUUCGGAGUAACCGUGUGGAUGUGCUAUACUGUAUUGAAACAGAUUAUCUGGAGAAAAAAAUGGUUUAAAAGUAAACAUUUAAAACAAGGAAUAGGUUACAUAUGUUCAGAUUUUCAUCAAACUGCAUGGCAUUAUAUAGGAUUGCAGACUGACAUAGCUAACUGCUCUUGAGUUAUUUGCACCAUUCGGAAGCCUCAGUGCUGUCAUUGUCGUUGUAAAGUAAAAUUGCUUGGGAUUAUUUAAAUGACUGCAAGGCUGAGGUCUCAGUUCCUUGAUAUUUUGCCUUUUUAUUUCCAAUGGAGAGUUUUUGGAGUAUGAAAACUCAAAUGUUCUAUCUGUAAGAUAAAUAAUCUGUUACUGAUUAUUUCCCCAUUUUUCGGCUUACUUUAAGGAAGUAGGGACAGUUUCUUAACAGUGAAUUCUUGACUGCUAACUGUCUCAUUGCCACGUGUGGCUCAAAUGAACCCUAUUCAUUGAAGAUGGUUUAUGGGACCAUACAUUUGACAUUAUGUAUACAUAACACAUCUAAUGGCAUGAACAGCCAAAGAAUACCACAGUGUGUUAGUCGACCAAUUUACAUGAUUUGAGACCUUGUUUCAUGCAAGUGUCCUGAAGGGAUGCGGCAAAAGGGAUCUAUAACCAACUAAUGAGGAAAUAAAUAUUCAUUUUCAUCAAAGGGAAGCAUCCCAAAAUUCAUUAGAAAUGACUACUAACCUGAAAACUGUUUGUCAGCAUUAAAACUAUAGCGACUGUCUUUGCAACUUUGUUGAAUUAGCUGCACGCAUACUAAAUACGUCUGAGGCCAAGAGGUGUUCCCUGUUCAUAGAUGCACCUUCCUAAGUACAAAAUUUAAUAAAGCCAGUGUUGAGUUUUUCCACGCUAAUGGAUAUAUGUCACUUUGGUCGCUAUGACGUACUCACCAUCUCAUAACUAUUUUGUGUUGUGUUGGAUUACACUAUCGCAGGAACAUGCAGCAUGCUCAUAAUGCAGGAUUUAUAUAUGGAUAAGAACACAGAUGCCUUGCUUGUUUGUUCACCAACGUUGUGCACUGAAUCAAGCCACAAUAUUGUAAAGUAUACAAGAAGCCUGCUGACUGGUUCAUGGCUUCACUAGUCGUUUUGUAGAGCUGGUAGAUAAGAGUUUGUUCUCAGAUACAGCUAAUGCUUACUAACACCCUCGCUGUAAAAAGUGCAGAAAAGUUAGUUGCCGUAGCCUUUACUGUAUUAUCACCUGUGUAAGACUGUUGGUUUUAUGUUUUUAUUUAUUUUGUAACUCGGAACACAUGGAUAACGUACGCUUGACCAAAAUUGCAGAUACUGGCACGCAUGUUGACAAUUAGUUUUAUUAUUUAUUGUUUGCGUGUCUGCUGGGACACUACCUAAAGGCAAGAUUUAGGCCUGGUAACGUCUUGUUCUCGUCACACUGCUAGAGAGGACUUUUUUGCAGUGUGUCUAGUCGACAGAUUGGUUUCCAGUCACAGGUAAAGGCUGAACCUCUCUCCAGAAACACAGCGUACCACACAAACUAAUUAACUAGCCAUAGCACAACACACCUGUCAUUUGCUGUAGCUUGUUUUGAAACGUAAACAUUCUUAAAAAGGCUUAAAAAAUGUCAAGUAUUUAAUUACAUCGAACAACCGUCUUAACCUUAGCAGCUCUUCUAUUACUUGUCACUGACUGAAUACUCAGCUUUGUGCUCUUGUGUCUGUCCAUUUGAAAUAUGCUGUCUACUCGUGUUUAGCAAUGUUUGUGUGAAUAAUGUACUAUUACUAUCUGAUGUAUAAAAAGGAGAGUUAAUGAAACAUCCAAGUGUAGGCCUAUCACAUGGAAUAAAAUAAAGAUAUUUCACCAAA